AUGGCACGAACUAGAGGCACUAAGUCUUCCUCUCCGUCUAGCCGAAAGUCAACGCCGCGCGAGACGCCUGUUCAAGCCUCAACCUUUGAGCCUCCACGGCCGGAAGUUGUUUCGCCUCCUGAGAAGCCCACGCCAAAGAAGCGCCAGGCCAAGCCGACAUUGCAGACGCCUCCAACGAGGCGUUACCUUACCAGGUCAGGGGGCCGUCCCCUGCAAAAACGAGCUAGAGAGGAAAGCUCGGAACCCAUCAACUUGACAGGGCAGUCCCCUGUUCCAUCUCCAGAGCUCUCUCCGGUGCCAUCUCCGGCACCACCAGCGAAGCCUCAAGCAAGCCAGCCGCCACCCUUUGAGCCCCAAAUUCCGUCUGGGCCAGCUCCUGAAGCAAUACUCAGGCGUCCAAUGCUCACUCAGCCACCAAUUGAAGGCAAUUUGGACUGCAGAGCUCGGCCAUUCCAUUCAGAGUUGUGCUUUGACACAGCCGCCUUCCAAUUGCGGCCGGAGCUUGAAGGAUCAUUCCAAUUGCUGUGCAGAUAUCGAAUGGAGGAGCUUCUGACCCCACGAGACUUCUUCUAUCCCAGACCUCAGCUGGAACGCAAGAGGAUAUGUCGAGAGGUUUUUACUUUCGAAAAAUGGAGCAACAUGACAGCUUAUAAGAUGGAGCAGCCAGAGCUCCCACAGCCAGCUCAGAUUCCAGCUGCAAGGAGAGCAUCUCCACGUUUUAUACCUGAGGGUAUACCUGUUGCCUCUCCUUCCAUAGCCAAAGCCUCUCCAGUCCCUCCAGUUGCUCCAAAUUCAGCACAGCCUUCCACAUCAGCCGAGCCAAGGAUGGCCAUCCCUAUUUCUGAGUAUAGGGAUUUAUGCUAG